GAGGGCUUACUCACUCUUCCAUGAAAAUUUUUCUGAGAAUUACAGAAAACAUAGUUCAGCAAGUUGCCUUUUUAUUUCAUAUCUCAUCAUCAUCACUUUCUUUACCUUUUAAUAGAGAGGAUAUCACUGUCAUGUUUUUCUUUUUUUUAUAAAAAAAAAAUUAAUCCAUUCCUAUGAGAAUUACCCCAUAUAUUUUUAUCGCCAAAGUGAGUGGAUCAUUUUUUUUUUCCUUUACCCGUGAAACUCGCAUAAAAAAAAGGAGAAUUCCCUCUCUUCAUAUAAAGAGAAGUAGAACUAUAGAAUAAUCAUCAUUCGCCUCUCUCUCUCUCUAUCUCUCACUCUCUCCCCCUUCCUCAUCUCUACUUCUGAAAUAUAAACUAUAAGAGAGAAAUAAUUCUUCCUAGUAACUGAUAAGGUAUAUAAGCGAUUCAUCAAACCAAAUUUUGCAUAUCCUUCAGUUUGAAAUUUUUUUUCUAAUUUUCUUUUAUUAUUUUGGCAAAGUCUUUUUUUCCCUCUUUCUUUUUGUGCUUUGAUAUUAGAUCAAGUCUUCCUUUUCCUUCUCCCACCUCUGCCCACUCUGAGCAUCCGCAUCUGCGCAUCUUUCUUUCUUUUCUGUCUUCCAACAUGACAGCCAGAUUAUCACCACAAUUUUUAAGAUUGGUCUCACAAGCAUAGGUCAUGACUUGCAAUGGGAUGGCUUUCUUCCCAGCUAAUUUCAUGCUUCAAACUCCCCAUGAAGAAGAUCAUCAUCAACCUCCCACUUCUCUCAACCCAAUUCUACCCUCAUGCACACCCCAAGAAUUCCAUGGGGUGGCAUCAUUUCUAGGGAAGAGGUCAAUGUCAUUUUCAGGGAUUGAUGCCUCGUGUCAUGAAGAAGCUAAUGGAGAGGAUGAGUUGUCCGAUGAUGGCUCACAAGCAGGAGAGAAGAAGAGAAGGCUUAAUAUGGAACAAGUGAAGACCCUUGAGAAGAACUUUGAAUUGGGUAACAAGCUUGAACCUGAGAGAAAAAUGCAGCUGGCUAGGGCUCUCGGUCUGCAACCAAGACAGAUUGCUAUAUGGUUCCAAAACAGGAGGGCUAGAUGGAAGACUAAACAGCUUGAGAAAGACUAUGACCUCCUCAAGAGACAGUUUGAAGCUAUCAAAGCUGAGAACGAUGCACUCCAAGCUCAGAACCAGAAGCUUCAUGCAGAGAUAUUGGCACUGAAAAGCAGGGAACCAACUGAGUCUAUUAACCUCAAUAAAGAAACCGAGGGUUCUUGCAGUAAUAGAAGUGAAAACAGCUCUGAAAUCAAACUGGAUAUCUCAAGGACACCAGCUAUUGAUAGCCCCCUAUCUAAUCAUCCAACAAGCAGGACCCUUUUUCCAUCUUCAUCUAUAAGGCCUACAGGUGUGGCACAGCUAUUCCAAAACAGCUCUUCAAGGCCUGAUCACAUCCAUUGCCAGAAGAAUAUUGAUCAAAUGGUCAAGGAAGAAAGCCUUAGCAACAUGUUCUGUGGCAUUGAUGAGCAAUCUGCGUUUUGGCCAUGGCUUGAGCAGCAACACUUCAAUUGACUCACUGCAAUCGAUACUUCUGCUACUGCCAUAAUGAAAUUAAUAUACGCCACUAUAUGCAGUUUGGCAAUGUUUUUCAAAUCAUCGAGAGGGCAGCUACCUUAUUUUAUAAAUCCAUGUGUUGGUACUUAGGUUGGUGUAUAAAGUAGGACUCAUAUCAAGUUGAAAUUUCAGGUUGGUGGGGGUGGAGUGGGGGAGCUGAACAUCAUCUUUUAUGAGGAAUAAAGGAGUUUGUCUUUGGGUUACAUACCAUGUUUUUCCUGGAGAGUUAGAGAGAUGUUUGCUAGGUUGGAUCAUGGAAUCCAAGUGAUGAAAUAUAUAUUUGUUAGUGACCGGUUGGAGCUAGCAUUAGCAUGGGCCAUGAAAUAAAAAAGGGAUUCCUUCCUUACA